UUACAUUUUACAUUUAGCUGAUAUAAAACAAAGACACAAUAAUGGUUCUCAAAAUUAUAGUUUUAUUAUAUGUAUUCUGUUUUGGUGCAAAAGGCGUGUAUAGUCUUGUACUAGACCAGCAGACGGACCCAAACGUCCUUCAACUUCUUGUUAAACUGGAGGCUGACUUUAACAACAUGAAAUCUAAGAUGGAGGAAUUGGAAGAAUCGUGUACAUGUGCCGCACCUUCUCAUCAGCUGACACAAUCGUUCAUGGCUACGUUGGGCCACACAUUUACAUGCGCCGUAAACCAAGCGGUCAUAUUUGAUACUGUCAAACUGAACCAAGGCACUGGCUACGAUAACAGGCACGGUGUGUUCCGUGCAGCAAAAAAUGGAACGUACCACUUUGGUGCUACUUUUACUGUAGCACCACAGACAGAUUUCCGCGUUGCUUUUGUUAAAAACUUUGCAUCUAACCACAUAGGAUAUUUAUUUGGAGGCGUUGGACACAGUUUCUGGCAAGAGACCAGCACUUCAAUUGUUACCCAUCUAAAUGCUGGCGACGAUGUAUGGCUGUCUUGCCUGAGCCCAAGUACGUUACAAGGGGAUUCAGACACGGUAAACGACUAUCACACGUAUCACUCGCAUUUUUCCGGAUUUAUGGUUGCUGAACCUUAACCGUUGGCAAGUUUUCUUUGAAAUAUGGACAAAAGUAUUUCACCAAUAUCGAAAAAACGUGUACAAAAAUGUGUUUUAUUUUCUGAUUUAUUACGGACCAUUUUCCCAACCAUAUUAGCAAUGGAUUCAUGUUGACGCCAUUCGUAACUUAGUUCUUAGUAGUUAUGUUUUCAUUGUAAAAUGCUGUCGAGAUAGUUUCAACUUUAGUUAUCCACACAAGUAAUCAGUCCUUCCACAUAAUAGGCGUACACUAUGUACAAAAUAUGUACAUGUGUUUCACUGUAUUUUAUUCGCUAGUUCGCAUGGACAACUUCUUCAUUGUUUUGCAAGUUUAUCCUAAAGAAUGGUAGCAAAACUUCUGGAAUUCCGAAGAAAUCUUGGAAUGUCACUACAUUGUACUUAAAAAAUGAAAAGAACAAUUUUGAUGCUAAACCUUAACGUUGCUACGUUUUUAAUAAUAUGUAACAGUAUUCAAACUCACGGCUUCGAAGUUGGUAAGUGCAAUGACUUUGAAUGAAUUGUCAAAACAGUGAGACUUUUGAACCUUACUCUUGGCGUCGAGCGGAACUUGCGAAUAUUCGUGGUAUCUAGAGUUGGUGCACCACCGUCCUUCCCCACAGGCUGAAACACGCAUGCCACCAUAUGACCUAAAAUUGUUGACUCAAGUCAAGUAGUAUUUAUUGUUUUCUCAUUAGGUUUAAUAUUUUUAAAGUGGAUAUAAUUACUUACUUCCAUUUUCAUAUUUUUUUGUAAUGGUAAUGUUCACUGAUUAAUGAAAUGUAACUCCUCCAUUCUGCACAACACUAUCGUAUAGUAUGUCUGAAUGCAUACCUGGCUGUAUCAUUUUGUAAGGCCAAGUUGACUUGUAUCUUUUGUAGUUUCAAACAAUACCUUCUUGUGUCAGACAUUUAAAGUACAAUUCCCUUUAAGGGUCCGAAAUGUUUAUUUAUAAUUUGAUCAUUGCAUCGUCGCUUAAAAGCUUUUUAUAAAUCGAUACGACACAUCAACAGUUCUUUCCUGCUAAACUGCAAGUUUUAUAAUUUCAGUAUUUUUUCCUGUCGCAAACAAACAGUUCCAUUGACUUGAUUACUUGCCCACAUGUUAUAACUGGACAAUUUUGAAACAAAGCUUUGUAAAAAUCGAAGCGAGCGCUUAUAACUGUGUCAGUACAAGAUUAAAGACAGUGCUCUGGAAUUAGCUAUAUACCUGUCCGGGGGAAAUGCAACAAACUGAUAAUAUUUGGCGAAUAAGGGCUAAUGGUGGGAUUUUCAAACUGGCAUAUCUUGCAUUUACUGCAUUGAUAGAUCUCCCCGAACUUUGACUCAGUGUCAUUAUAUUUUCUGGUUCUUUUGGGAUCAAAUAGUCCAUUUAAUGUAUCAUCUAUAAUAGAAUGUCCCGGAAGCCGGUGCCGUGGUGGGGGAUACACAUAUUGUUACUUAUUGUGAACAGACUCUGAUAUUAUUUUGCUCAGUUGCAUUCUAUGCCUUCGUAAAAAUUCUCAGUCUAUCAGUAUUAGAUCUUAUUCAUAAAAUGAAAAUUAGUAGACUUCGGUGGCACAUAUAGGUGACAUGCACUACUCUUUUUUGAAUUGCAAUUCUCCUUUUUACGUCGUUCCCACGAAAUACAAACUCGAAGGAAUGACUUAGUAUGUCAUGGUAACGGGAUACAAAGUCGUGGAACGACAUAAAAAAGGGAAGUGAAAUUUAGAAAAGUACUGCAUUGAAAAAAGUAGU